AUGUCUGAACUACCCCCACAAACCUCGGAAGACGCUUUCGAGUCAAAACCUGCACUGCGCAAUGCAGCUACCAUAGGAUUUCAAGCAGGUAUUGUCGGCGCAUUUGUGAGUGCAGUCCAAAAUGCCUUGGGAUCGCAUUCGCGAGGCGCUGCUGGGUUCUUGACACGUAGCGGGGGUACUAUUGGAACUUUCGCUGCUAUGGGUGCUGCUUUUGCAUUCACGGAGGCGGCUAUAGCGAAUCAACGAGAAACAAAUGAUGCACUAAAUGGCAUUGCGGGUGGUUGUGCAGCAGGAUUUCUUGCAGGUCUUCGAACACGUUCAAUACCGGUUGCACUUGGAUCGUGCGCUGUAAUUGGUGCAGCUAUGGGCACCUUCGACUACGCAGGGGAAAUUGCUGGCAGGUCGAAAGAGGAAAAGGAGGAGAAGAGAAAGAAGUUCUUCAAAUCAGUACCUCAGCCUGUCCAUCAUGCUUCCGAGUAG